GAUGGGAAUGUUCCAUUGGAGAUUUGUCUUUAUCUCUCGUCCUACCUAGCUACUGUGGGGAGGGAGGGCCUGGUGCCUGCACCGACGCUGGGAAACCUUGUUAACGCCCUCAGUUCGUUGCAGGAUGCCUUCGCUUCAUUAGAACGUGUGGCCACCACGCCAAUACCGUUUGCAUAUCAGGCUCACUUACGCAUGUUCACCUGGUGA